GAUGCUGCUUCGGUACGGUGUCUUCCUAUAGGUGUUUUUCGUGGGUGCAAUGAAUGUGGCGAUUGCCAGAAGAUCGUAGCGAGAUGGCGCCCAGAAGGAUCAUGUAGGCCCAUACUUGAUGAUGCCCCUGUGUUCUAUCCAAGCGAAGAGGAGUUCAAAGACACUCUAAAAUAUAUCGCCAGUAUACGCCCUACAGCAGAACUAUAUGGAAUUUGUCGCAUUGUUCCUCCCCCUUCAUGGAAGCCUUCUUGUCCUCUUAAAGAAAAACAUUUAUGGGAAGGCUCCAAUUUUACCACUCGAAUCCAGAGAGUGGACAAGCUUCAAAACCGGGAUACGACGAAAAUGCUGUUGAGAAACCAUAGAAUGAUGAAGCGGAAAAGGAGAAGGCUCGCUAAAAUGAAGGCAGCUUACAAUGAACCCAAUUUAGAUAUUUCAGAAAUCAACAAAACGGGGCCGUAUUCUCAAAGAUGCGGAUUUGCACAAGGUCCAGAUUUUAGUCUAGGCACAUUUCAGAAAUAUGCAGAUCAUUUUAAGGAGCAAUAUUUUUGCAAUAAUUUAAAUGCAAACUUAAGGUUUGAACAAUGGGAGCCAUCUAUUGAGAAUAUUGAAGGGGAAUAUUGGCGAAUUGUUGAGCACCCCACCGAAGAGCUUGAG